AUGUUUGCUUCUGCUGGCGAGGCACGUAGCGCACACGCGCAGGAUGGUUCGCAUCUCAACGCUGGCUCCACCAGCUCCGAGGCUGCAGGGCGUAGCAUGCAUUUCUGGGCGCCAGAAAUCGUGGGCCCCCCAGAGAGAGUCGAGGAGCGUGGCCGCGCACACGCUGCUUCACCGCUGCGAGCUCCACCAAGCACGCGUGCGGAGGUCAUCAAUGCUGUGCCAGAUCAGGCCAAGCGCCCGAUUGCUGUUUCGUCGAGUGUUUUUUUGUUAAGUCAUGUGUCUGCUUUAGCGUCCAGCACGUGCUCCCUUCGAGUGCUGCGCCAAUUCAUCCAGCUGCAUAUGGCAAAUCCCGCCGCCAUGCCCGGCAGAGCAUGGGGGGAGGCUGCCAGACCCGCUCCAGCUCAGCCAAUUGCACGAACUGGCGCUGCUCUCAAACAGCCCCUCCUCUCGAAUUCCCUCCCAACUUUUUCCCGUCUGCCCUCCUCCGAUUGA